AUGGGGGAGACGAGAAGCAAGUGAGUGAAUGCAACCGCGCCCCACCGCACUUUCCCCACCAAUUCCUCGAUUCCACUCGUUCCAUUGCUUUUCCUGAAUCUUUCUGCAGCUUGUUUUCAUCUCAAAUUGGUUCUGAACUCACUCUUUCUACCUUAAGAAUGGCCACGUCAUCUUCUGCUUCAAAAAAGGCCGAAGCGUACGGCACAACGCGGAACUUGACGGAGGUCUUCAUGCUGCUCCGGUCAAAUGCUCAUCAAAGUCGGCUCAUCUACAAAGACGAUACGGAUACAAUAGUGAGAAGUCGAGGAGAAGGUUCGUGGUUGUGUUAAAAAUAAAAAUAAACCCAGAAAAAGCUUUUAGAAGAGCGGAUGGCACUCGUGGAACUAGAGGACGGACGACACGAGUCGACGUCGGAAGAGGAUCCUGUCUGGGUUCACACCGCUGAUCAGGUCGAGUUUGAGUUUGAACGAGUACGGAGAAGGCUCGACGAGCUGAAAGACGCUCAGCGGAAGCACAUUUCCCGUCCAAACUUUGGCGACGAGGCGUUCGAGCAAGAGGAGAAGCAAAUGGAGGCGACGACUGAGCAGAUAACCCAGAUGCUCACUCACUGUCAAAGACUCAUCCGAAUGAUUUCUGGAAAUCACGGAAAGGAAAAGCCGAUGCAGAGGACACUUCGGGAGAACGCCGCCAAGUCAUUGAGCCUAACAUUGAGCCAGAUAACCGACGAGUUUCGAGGGAGACAGCUCAAAUAUUUGAGUGAUAUUCAGGUAAUCAGUUAGUUCUGAGAUCUCAUCCUUCAAUUCGAGCGCUUCAGGAUCGGUCUCGGAAUGUCGACAACUAUCUCAUCACUACUGAUCCGCUGAUCGACGUACCCAACUGGGCGGAGCUCGACGUCUCUCCGUCGACGGAACUCUCAAUGGCACAACUUCAGCAGUUCAUGAACAACGAUCGAGAAGUGAGAGAACGCGAGAAAGAGGUCUGGCACUUCGAGACGCCUUUAAAAUUUGCAUUUUGAACAGUUCAGGUCAUGGCCGUGAAUACCUCAAUCCGGGAGCUGAACACUCUCUUCCAGGACCUUUCUCAGAUGAUUGUUGAUCAAGGCAGUAUCGUAGACAGGUACAAUAAGACCAGAACAAUCGAAAACACCUUUUUUCUCCUCCAGAAUCGACUACAACGUGGAGCAAUCGUCUAUCCGAGUGUCUAAGGCCGUCGAAGACGUUUUCAAAGCGGAACGUCAUCAGAGGAGCAACAAGAAGAUGCACUGUAUCUGCAUGCUCACUGUUGCCAUUAUCAUCGUUCUCCUCCUUAUUAUUGCCACCAAACUCUAA